CAACACACCUGUUCAGUGAUUAAACAGCGCCCCCUCUUUAUGCACGGUAGUGUACCGCCCUCACUGACUCAUUUCCGGUUGUUUCCCAAGAAUUAAUGGCACUCAAACGCAGUGUUCAAACGUCUAUCAACAGCAAAGCGCAAAAUGGACGGCAAUUACAAUGGCACGGCGGACUUGCUUCCAACACCGAGCACGGAGUCACCGUCGACUUUGCAGCCGAUAUACACCUACCCUGAGUUAGUCUUCUGUGCAGUGGGGUUCUCUAUCCUGAUAGUCCUGACACUCAGCGGUAACAGCCUGGUGUUGGUUGCCGUGGCCCGCACCAAGAAACUCCAGAACGUUACCAACGUGUUUGUGGUCAACCUGUGCGUGUCUGAUUGUCUCUCCGGGUUCGCUUUUCUGUGGAGCGUACCUGGUAUGGUGAGCACCACAGCAGGCUACCCGUUACGGUCUGAAGUCCUGUGUGCAAUGUGGGCUGCUCUUGUGUACCUGGGAGUUGGAAGUGGACUUUAUAGUCUUGGGAACAUCGCCCUAAACAGGUGUAUUCUAGUUACCAGGCCUAUGGAGACCUACCAGUGGCUGUACACACCCAAGAAGACUGCUUUGAUGAUCCUGGGCUCCUGGCUAGUCCCUCUGUCUGCCACCAUCAUACCUCCAUUAUCCGCAGUCGGCGGUCUUGGUUUCGAUACAGAUAGUCGAACCUGUACUGACAUCGACGCUCGCCCUAGGGCUGCCAUGUUCGACCGAAUCCUCUUCUUUGUGUUCUACCCACUUCCGUUGGUAAUGAUCGUUGUGUCAUACGUCCUGAUCUGGCAACACAUCCGACGACACUUCAAGACUUACCGAAAGAGCGUUCGACAGAGGAUGCAGGCUUCGACAGCUAUGCCAUCUACCACGACAUUGGACAUGGACUUGGAGGACAGUUGUCCCGGUACCCCACCCGUGACACCCCGUUUGCGACACGCUGUAAGCUCCCGUCAGUUGACUCGCACCAAGAACGACCAACUUGAAAUCACCAAGAACCUCUUCGUGGUCGUCUUGGCCUUCGUGGUUUGCUUCACUCCUCUGGGAGUCAUGGUAGUCAUCGACAGCAACCGCUAUCAACUCUUCGCGGGGAUGGUACUAUUCGUCAGUGGAUGCAUCAACCCUAUCAUCUACGCCACCAAACAUCCUCACUUCAGACCGGUGUUACGUUCCAUGCUACGGAGACGGUGUCAGACAGAAUGACAGAACUUUAUCUCAAAUGACAGUCAGGUUGGUGUAGUGACCACCUCUGUGACUGACUUCAAAUCCCUUCCAGUCUAUCCCUGCUGAUUCCGUGGGUUAUCCUUUUCAGGGACUUGCCUCCCACUUUCUGUGGCCUUUGUGGUUUCGUCAUGACUCCGGGUGAUAGUGAUGUAAAUGUUGGGAAAUCUUUCGAAGAAAAUGACAGACAUUUAAUAAAACAAACUAUUUAAAAAUCGAUCUUACCUCGGAUGAUUGAAUAUUAUUGUUCUCGAAUAUUCAAUGACAACAUCGUCUAGAAUCAGAUCCUCAUCUCUUUACCACAAAUUCCAAUAUCAUUGUAGGGUGUGAGCAUAAAUUUUGUACGACAAAAUAAUUCUGAAAGAUAUUAAUUACAAAGUUGUAUCAUUUGUUUUGUACACUCCGACUUUGACUUGAAAUAUAAUUGCAGUGUUUUAGUCUUGUAUACUUAUUAAUCCGUUUGAAAUUGGAGACGGGCGUGAUUAUUUUAUUGUAUUGUAACCAGGAAAUUUACAACUGAAUCGUUUAUGACCAUCAACCAAAACCUAUUUUUCUCACGCAAAAAAGUCCUUGAAUGUAAAAAAGGAGGAUUAUGCAAUCCAUUAACCCUGGUAACCAAGCCAGGGUAAGGUCUGGUUCCCCAGUCACCGUACUGUUUGUGUAUUAAAUUGCAUGUGGUUUUAGUGUCCAUUUUCAAACACACCCGUGCCUGGCACUCUCUUCCCAAACCAAACUGUUUGUUUUUCUCAUGUAGGUCUUAAGGAACCCGACCUUCAUGACCUUGAGCACUUUUGAGGUGCCCUUGUUUUUUUUUAAUAUAUGGAAAUAUUGAAAUCAUUUCAUCAAAUCAGAAUUUAAUGUAUCUGUAUGCCAUGGUACUGUACUCAGAUAUGAUUUUACGACGCCAGAUAGAGCAUUGUACUUAAUCACACACGUAUCCUAAGACUUAUACACAAGUAUCACACGGAUAAAAGACUUACGCAGAGACAAUUAUAGCCUUAAACUUUGUACGUAUGUAUAUAAUGUAAAUUUAUUUGAUGGAAUAUUUGUAAGAAAAAUAAAAGGACAGAUAAAGAAACACGA